AUGUCAGAGGACCUACCCCCGCAGGCGCCCGUUGCCGUGAACGUUGGGGACCACAACAUCAAGGGAGACUGGGUCCUCUUCCAUCCCGUAUAUACCCAUGAUGAGCUUCGCUCCGUCGAGGUGCUGCAUAGGCAAGCCAAGACGUUCUCGGAUAAAAUCGCAUAUUCGUUUGUUCACCUCGCCAGAUGGGGCUUCGACUUAGUCUCAGGCUACAAACAUAAACCUCUUCCGCCCAAUGCCGACAAAAUGUCAUUGCAGGAGCUGCAGGACGGCGGCUACCUCAUGAACGAGGCGCAAUGGCUGAAGCGUAUUCUCUUCCUCGAGAGCAUCGCGGCUGUCCCGGGAAUGGUGGCAGCUGCACUCCGUCAUCUGCGCAGCCUGCGUCUGAUGCAACGCGACAGCGGAUGGAUUCAUACGCUGCUUGAAGAAGCCGAAAACGAGCGGAUGCACCUCAUGACGUUCAUGACUCUCAAGAACCCGUCCAUCCUGUUCCGAGCCAUGGUCAUCGCCGCGCAAGGCGUCUUCUACAACGCUUUCUUCCUGUCAUACCUCAUUUCCCCCAGUACGAGUCAUCGCUUCGUCGGACACCUCGAAGAAGAGGCGGUUAUAACUUACACACGCUGUAUCCAAGAGAUCGAGGCCGGCCACCUCCCAAAAUGGGCUGACCUCCCCGCGCCCGAGAUCGCGAAGGACUACUGGCGGCUCGGCCCGGACGCAAAGUUCCUCGACGUCAUCUACGCCGUACGCAGCGACGAGAGCACGCACCGCUUCGUGAACCACAGCCUCGCGAGCCUCAAAUACGAGUCCGACGUGAACCCGUUCGCGCUCCGCGAGCCGGGCAUGACGACCAAGGGCACGCACAUCUGUUUCGAGCGCGAGGACUCGACGAAGUUCAUGGAGGACUCGGCGAAGAUCCUGCAGGAGGCCGCGCGCAAGGGCGAGGCGUGA